CCCUUGAUGGUCAAUCGAGCACCGAAUUUCGCCCAGCGCUGAUGCAACAUUGACAGUUUUCAUCCGGCGUCACCACGUUGUGGACCAUUCAAUCCCGUCCGUGCGAGCGCCGCCAUGGGGGAACAGCUCAGUCCAGAGCAGAAGUUUGAGCUCGUCACCAGGAACCUGCAGGAGGUCCUUGGUGAGGAGAAGCUGAAGACGGUGCUGCAGGAGCGAGAGCUGAAGGUCUACUGGGGCACGGCCACUACAGGGAAGCCCCACGUGGCGUACUUCGUACCCAUGUCCAAAAUCGCAGACUUCCUCAAGGCCGGCUGUGAGGUGACCAUCCUGUUUGCGGAUCUGCAUGCCUACCUGGACAACAUGAAGGCCCCGUGGGAGCUGCUGGACCUCAGGACGCAGUACUACGAGCAGGUGAUCAAGGCCAUGCUGGAGAGCAUUGGAGUUCCUCUGGACAAGCUCAAGUUCGUCAAGGGCACCGACUACCAGCUCAGCAGGGAGUACACUCUUGAUGUGUAUCGGCUCUCCUCCAUGGUAACGGAGCACGAUGCCAAGAAGGCGGGAGCUGAGGUGGUCAAGCAGGUGGACCAUCCCCUACUGAGCGGCCUGCUGUACCCAGGCCUACAGGCUCUGGAUGAGGAGUACCUGAAAGUAGACGCUCAGUUUGGAGGCGUCGACCAGAGGAAGAUCUUCACGCUGGCAGAGAAGUAUCUGCCGUCUCUAGGCUAUGCCAAGCGUGCCCACCUGAUGAACCCCAUGGUGCCCGGCCUGACGGGGGGCAAGAUGAGCUCCUCAGAAGAGGAGUCCAAGAUCGACCUGCUGGACCGACGGGAGGACGUGAAGAAGAAGUUGAAGAAGGCCUUCUGCGAGCCGGGAAACGUGGAGAACAACGGGGUGCUCUCCUUCGUCAAGCACGUGCUGUUCCCCCUGCACUCAGAGUUCGUCAUCAAGAGAGACGCCAAGUUUGGAGGAGACCAGGUCUACAAAGUCUACGAGGACGUGGAGAAGGACUUCGCUGCAGAGCAAGUCCACCCUGGUGACCUGAAGGCGUCAGUAGAAGAGGCUCUGAACAGGCUGCUGGACCCAAUACGCAAGAAGUUUGAGAGCCCCGAGCUGAAGAAACUCACCGCCACCGCUUACCCACCGCCCAGCAAGAACAAAGCGGCCCCUAAGGGAGCGAAGGGAGGAGCAGGAGGAGGAGCAGGAGGAGGAGACGAUGAGGAGGUGGUUCCCUCCAGACUGGACAUCAGAGUGGGCAAGAUCAUCAGCGUGGAGAAGCAUCCGGAUGCUGACUCCUUGUACCUGGAGAAGGUUGACGUUGGGGAGGCGGAGCCUCGCACGGUGGUGAGCGGCCUGGUGGCCUACGUUUCCCAGGAUGCACUGCAGGACCGCAUGGUGGUGUUGCUAUGCAACCUGAAGCCCCAGAAGAUGAGGGGCAUCGAAUCCCAAGCCAUGCUGCUCUGCGCAUCCAUUGAGGGUGACCCCAGGAGGGUGGAGCCUCUUGACCCCCCCGAGGGGUCGUCGCCAGGGGAACAGGUGUACGUGGACGGCUACGAUUCUGGAAAGCCUGACGACAAACUCAACCCCAAGAAGAAAAUCUUCGAGAAAAUACAGGUUGACCUGAAGAUCUCGGAUGCGUGUGCAGCUCAGUGGAAAGACAAAGACCUGAUGACAAAGUUGGGACAAAUUACCUGCAAAACACUCAAGGGCGGAAACAUCAGCUAGACACACACACACACACACACAUAUACAUACACACAC